AGUAAAAAAUUGGGAGAGACCUUUACCAAAGUGUGUCUUGUUGUCUGGUCUGGCAGUUUAUUUUUACAUCCGAUCGCGACAGUCAAGCACGGUGACCGUUCUUGAUCGCGAGCAAUACCGUUGCUACCGAAGCUGGUAGCAUUACAGUGGCAAUAUUUUCGUUAAUUUAUAAGUGGUUUUACUCCAUUGCGGUGUUGGUGAUACAAUAAAUCAUUUUGUUCUAUCAGCGAUCAGCAUCGCAGAAUCCAAUCGAACGAUGGCGACCAUUGAACAGCUAGGAUAUAGUGCAUUUUUCAUCGCAUUGACCUGCAUUUUUGCGAUCGUCGCGCGUAGGCUAAACGAACGGAUGUCGAAAGAUGGGCUGGUGAAGGAUUUAAUUUUUGAAGCGAUUGCAGCAGCAGAACUGUGCGGAUGUUGCUUCGAGUUAAUAAUUGUGGCGGACAAUUUUGGCGUCGCGACGUAUGCCGUCUUCCUGUUCACACUCACCAUUUGGUGGGGCCGUAACUGGGGCUCGGCAACGGCCUGUCCCUACACCUAUAUGGAACAAAUAGUCGAAGGUGAAGUGAGCUUCAAGGAGGCUGCCCUCAAGAUAUGGGCCCAGCUGAUGGGCGGAUGCUGUAUAUUCCGCUACGUGCAGCUUUACUGGUGGCUUGAGCUUGCGGAAACCCACGAAGGUCGCGCCUUUGAGGACUGCAAAGCUGAUCUUCAGGUGAACCUAUAUCUAGGCGCCUUUAUUGAAGGAUUCGCCACGCUCUGUUGCCGCUUGGCGUCGAAGGUGAUCUCAGAAAAGGAUGCCCGGUUUGGCGCGUUUAUCGAUUCGUUCAUCGGUACCAGCCUAGUGGUUGCCGCGUUCAACUACUCGGGCGGAUACUUCAAUCCGGUGUUGGCCACCGCACUGAAGUGGGGCUGUGCCGGUAAUUCGGCCCUCGAGCACAUCAUCGUGUACUGGAUUGGAUCGUGUGUUGGUGCGGUCCUAUCGGUGCCACUCUUCAAAACGGCCACCUUCCGCAAUAUGUUCCUGGUGGAGAAAACCAAGAGCGAGUAGAUGAUCUCAAACAAACUCGUGAACAAUUUCCCUCCUCAAAGAAGAAAAAAAAACCUCCCGAACAAAGAACACUAAACGAGUGUAUAAAUGGCUCUAGUCAACGAAUGAAGAAACAGCACAGCAAGGUGAUUCGAUCGUGAAUUGCUUUAUUCCUAACCGGUAACGUGCCUUUUUGGGGCCGUUUUUGCCCUUUUUCCCUUACCAUUGAAGCGAGAUCUGUAUGUUGUGUUGUGUGGAUGCAUUUCCGUCCCAGUCAGAAGAAUCGAACAGGCUUUACGAUGUGAUAACAGUAACGAAUUUGGAAGUUUAAUUAUAUCAGGCAAAAUAAAUAUUCUUCCCAUUAUAUAA